AUGAGGAAGGAGUAUUUUGAGGUCACAUGGGCAAGCUUGAGAUGCAUGGUGGAGCCAUCAUUUGGGGAGAGAUCAGUGAUCAACCACAAAGAUUACUUCACAAAUGGCAACAUUGUCACAUCUACAGCAAUUGGCAUUACUGAAACUGAAGUAUUGACAGCCGACGGCCAUUCCAUUCCUUAUGACUAUCUCGUCAUUGCCACAGGCCACAAGGAUCCUGUCUCAGAAACCAAGGCCGGGAGACUUAAGGAAUUCCAAGCAGCAGAAAAUGAAAAGAUUAAGUCUGCUCAGUCCAUUUUGAUUGUUGGCGGCGGCCCAAGUGGUGUUAAGCUUGCUGGGGAGAUUGCUGUUGAUUUCCCAGAAAAACAGGUUACUCUGGUGCAUAAUGGACCAAGGUUGCUGGAAUUUAUUGGGCCAAAAGCUGCGGAUAAGACACUAAAGUGGUUUGCAAGGAAGAAAGUUGAAGUGAAAUUGGAGCAAAGCGUGGAUUUGAACUCUGUUACGAAUAGUAAUGGUUGCAAAAUAUAUCAUACCACAGCUGGAGAAACUAUCCAAGCAGAUUGCCAUUUCUUAUGCACAGGGAAACCACUGGCUUCAGCAUGGCUUAAGGAUACCAUGUUGAAGAAUAAGUUGGAUGAUCAGGGAAGGUUGAUGGUUGAUGAGCAUCUAAGGGUCAAAGGUCUGAACAAUAUAUUUGCAAUUGGAGAUAUUACUGACAUUGCAGAUAUCAACCAAGGGGUGGCAGCACAAAACCAUCCUUUAUUGGCAGCCAAUAAUUUGAAGCUAUUGAUGGGAGGGAAAGAAGGAAAAAUGUCCAGUUAUAAACCAGGUGCAGCAAUGGCAAUUGUUUCACUGGGAAGAAGAGAUGCUGUAGUCCAAUUACCAUUUGGAAGCAUGAUUGGCAGAUUUCCUGGUUUGAUCAAAUCCAAAGACUUGUUUGUGGGGAAAGCAAGGAAGGAUAGGGGUGUAUAG